CCUGCCUCACAACUCACACCCAAAGAAAACACACAAGAAAGUCCAGAAAGUUCCGAUCUUUAUUACUUUCCUGCAACAAAAACACCUGCAGCAGUCUAUCUGGUUCAUAAUCAUAGUUUCUGACAAGAUAUUAGAUUUUAAACAAAGGGGGUUAAAAUUAAAAAAAAAAAAAAAAAUCUUGUUUCUGAUCUGGGGUUAUCUUGAGGAACAAGAAAUGGGUUACCAUUGUGAUCAUUGUGGGGAAGCAAGAUCAAUGGUGUAUUGUCGAUCAGACGCGGCCUACUUAUGUUUAUCGUGUGAUCGUAUUGUUCAUUCCGCAAACGCAUUAUCGCAACGCCAUUCACGAACACUUGUAUGCGACAGAUGUAAUUCGCAACCCGCAUUGGUUAGAUGUAUAGAGGAAAAAGUUUCACUUUGUCAAAAUUGUGAUUGGGUCGGUCAUAACGGGUCAACAAAACACAGUAAACAGACGUUAAGAUGUUACUCGGGUUGCCCUUCAGCUGUAGAACUUUCUUCAAUUUGGUCGUUUAUGUCCGAUUCAGAUUCGGGUUUUGUUAACGGGUCUACUUGUGCGCAAAAAAUGGGUUCGAUGAGCAUUACCGAUACUAGCCAAGGACCUUCUAGAAGCAAUAAUAAUAACAAUCAAGAUUUACUUGCAAAUGGUUUGCAGCAAAAUGUAGAUCAACAAACUCGACCCGUAAAUUCUUCUCCGUCUAAGAUAUCGCAUUCGGGUACAAAAGAUCUUGAACCGUUACUUGAUCAUGAUGAUGAUGGGUUCUAUGCGGACUUUAGUAUGGAUGAAGUUGACUUGAGCAUUGAGAAUUACGAAGAGCUCUUUGGCGUAGGCCAUAACGAUCCCAAACAGCUUUUUGCAAAAGACGGGAUUGAUAGUUUGUUUGGGGGUGCCGAAUCUUCAUAUGUUGGCAAGGAAACUUCGAAUCCCGCAUGCAGUAAUGCAGCAUCAGCUGACUCAUUAAGGAGCUGUAAAACCGAACCGAAUCCUUGUAGUUACGCAAGGCAACACUCGAAUAUCUCAUUUUCAAGUCUUACAGGAGAAAGCAGUGCUGGUGAGUAUCAUCUAGACUGUGAUGCUUCUUCAAUGCUUCUCAUGGGCGACCCACCACGGUGCAACCCGGGCGCGGGUCCUGAUCAAACCACCACCCCUUCUGGUAGCAGAAGUGACGCUGUCCUCCGUUACAAGGAAAAAAAGAAAAUGCGAAAAUUUGAGAAGAGAGUAAGAUAUGCUACACGAAAGGAGCGCGCUGAUGUAAGAAAGCGUGUCAAAGGGCGGUUUGUGAAGGCGGGUGAUGCUUAUGAUUAUGACCCGUUGAUACAAACGCGAAGCUUUUAAGUUGUAGAAUAUCUUCACUCAUUUCUUUAUUAUAUGAAUAAGUAAUGGGAUCAACUUCCACAUGUUCAGCCGGUUUUAAGAACAACAGGAUUCAUCGUAACUUGCCAUGUCAGCAUGACUUUCGCGCGCGUAAAAUGGAAGUUAUCAUGGUGGAUUGGAAUUCCUGAAAAGACAGAUGAAUGAUUUAGGUGAGUUGUAGAUGAUCAUGUAAUUAUGUAUGUUGGAUGUUUGAUGGGAUAAAUUUGUGAUAAUUGUUGUCUUUGGUUGGUAUGUAUGUAUGUAUAUAAAAUCAGAGAUGUAAAUCAUAGUUGAAUUAGGGUUCAUCUUUGGAUGAGAUUGUUGUGUUAAUGUAUAAGUGUUGUUUAUGAGAUUGCUAAGGUGAGUUUCCAA